AUGUGGAGACUGAGCGUGUGGUGGCUCCUGAGCAGGGUGUGCCUUUUGCUGCUGCCGCCCUGCGCCCUGGUGCUGGCCAGGGUACCCGUUUCCUCCUGCCACCCGCAGCCCUGCCAGAUCCUCAAGCGGAUCGGGCACACGGUGAGGAUCGGCGCGGCGCACCUGCAGCCCUGGGCUGCCACUUCCCCCGCCGGCGCGGACGCCCGGGGACCAGGACCGCACCAUGGCACUGCGCUUCGAAGAGAAGGAGAACGAGAGGCGGCAGCCGGACCCCAAGCCGAGCCGCAGGCGCCUCGGGCGGCUGAGUGGAAGGGGUCCGGAGGGUCGCCAGGGAGGUGGCGAGCGGGAACCGGCUUGAGGAGCAGGGCGCCCUUGGGCAACGGGAGUGGCGACGAGGGUCUCCCUCCGCUGCUGCCCCGGGAGGCGCUGCUGUCGGCGGUGGAGACCCUCAACCGUGUCAAGGGGCUUCUGCCUUACAACCUGUCCCUGGAGGUGGUGAUGGCCAUCGAGGCGGGGCUGGGCGAUCUACCUCUCUUCCCCUUCUCCUCGCCCAGCGCAUCGUGGAGCAACGACCCGGUCUCCUUCCUGCAGAGCAUCUGCCACACCGUCGUGGUGCAAGGGGUCUCGGCCAUCCUCGCCUUCCCGCAGAGCAGAAGCGAGAUGCUGGAGAUGGACUUCGUCGCCACCGCGCUGCACAUCCCCGUGAUCAGCAUCGUGCUCAACGAGUUCCCUAGAAAGAGCCUGAAUCCCCUUCACCUGCAGUUGAGCUUAGAACGCUCAUUAAGUUUUGACGCUGAUGUCACUUUUUCCAUCUUGGCCUUGAACAACUGGUAUAACUUUAGCUUGAUGGUGUGCCAGGAAGAGUGGAACAUCACAGAUUUUCUCCUCCUCACACAGCAGAGCUCCAAGUUUCAUUUGGGAUCCAUUAUAAAUAUCACAGGGAACCUCACGUCAACCAGCAACCUCUUGACUUACUUGCAAGUUCAUCUGGAGAACAUUAAGGACACAACGUCAACGGUGGUGAUGUUUGGCUGCGACAUGGAAAGCACAAGGAGGAUUUUUGAAAUUACCACCCAAUUUGGGGUGAUGCCUCCUGAUCUCCACUGGAUUCUUGGAGAUUCGCACAACGUGGAAGAGCUGAGGACAGAAGGCUUGCCGUUGGGUCUCAUAGCUCAUGGGAAAACAACACAGUCCUUUUUUGAAGACUACAUACAGGAUGCAAUGGAGCUGGUGGCUAGAGCUGUUGCUUCAGCUACAAUGAUCCAACCAGAACUGGCACUUAUUCCAAGUACAACCAAUUGCUUGAACACGGAGAGAAAAAAUCUCACUUCAGGCCAGUAUUUAUCAAAGUUUUUAGCCAAUACCACCUUUCACGGGCUCAGUGGCCACAUUAAAGUGAGAGGUUCCUCCAUCAUCAGUUCAGAAAACAACUUCUUCAUUUGGAAUCUGCAGCACGAUCCGGUAGGGAACCCGAUGUGGACUCGUUUGGGGAGCUGGCAAGAAGGAAAGAUUAUAAUGGAUUACGGGAUCUGGCCAGAGCAGGCCCAGCGGCAUAAGAAUCACAACCAGCAUCCCACCCGGCUGCACCUGAGGGUGGUGACCCUCAUUGAGCAUCCCUUUGUGUUCACAAGGGCUGUGGAUGAUGAAGGACUGUGCCCAGCGGGACAGCUCUGCUUGGACCCCUUGACCAAUGAUUCAGCUGUGUUGGACGCCCUCUUUGAAAGCCUUCAAGGGGGCAAUGACACGGUGCCCACAGAGCUGAAGAAAUGCUGCUAUGGCUACACUAUAGAUUUGCUGGAAAAAUUAGCGGAGGAUAUGAACUUUGAUUUCGACCUGUACAUUGUCGGCGACGGGAAAUAUGGGGCUCUGAAGAACGGUCAGUGGACAGGGCUUGUAGGCGACCUCCUGGCUGGGACCGCCCACAUGGCUGUGACAUCGUUCAGCAUCAACACAGCCCGUAGCCAAGUGAUCGAUUUCACCAGCCCGUUCUUUUCCACCAGCUUGGGCAUCCUGGUGAGAACCAAAGACACUGCGGCUCCUAUUGGAGCUUUUAUGUGGCCGCUCCACUGGACCAUGUGGUUGGGGAUUUUUGUGGCGCUGCACAUCACUGCAAUCUUCCUCACCCUGUAUGAAUGGAAAAGCCCCUUUGGGAUGACCCCCAAGGGAAGAAACAGGGAUAAAGUUUUCUCCUUCUCCUCUGCCUUGAACGUCUGUUACGCCAUCUUGUUUGGUAGAACAGCUGCCAUCAAACCCCCCAAGUGCUGGACUGGAAGGUUUCUCAUGAACCUCUGGGCAAUUUUUUGUUUAUUUUGUCUGUCGACGUACACAGCUAAUCUGGCUGCUGUCAUGGUGGGAGAGAAAAUCUAUGAAGAACUGUCUGGAAUACACGAUCCAAAACUGCACCACCCUUCACAAGGGUUUCGCUUUGGAACUGUGCGAGAAAGCAGCGCGGAAGAUUAUUUCAAGCAAAGCUUUCCAGACAUGCAUGAGUACAUGAAAAGAUUCAACGUGCCUGCAACUCCCGAUGGAGUGGAAUACCUGAAGCAUGAUCCAGAAAAACUAGAUGCCUUCAUCAUGGACAAAGCGCUCCUGGACUAUGAAGUGUCAAUAGAUGCCGACUGCAAACUUUUAACAGUGGGGAAACCAUUUGCUAUUGAAGGGUAUGGUAUUGGCCUUCCUCCAAACUCUCCACUAACCUCAAAUAUUUCUGAGCUGAUAAGCCAGUAUAAGUCCCACGGCUUCAUGGAUGUCUUGCAUGACAAGUGGUACAAGGUUGUACCGUGCGGGAAAAGAAGCUUUGCUGUGACGGAGACACUGCAGAUGGGCAUCAAACACUUUUCUGGACUCUUUGUGAUGCUAUGCAUUGGGUUUGGCUUGUCAAUUCUCACUACUAUUGGAGAGCACAUCGUAUACAGGCUGGUGAUCCCAAGACUCAAAAAGAAAUCUAAGCUAAGAUACUGGCUUCAUACAAGUCAGAGAUUGCACCGUGCUCUUAAUAGUUCAUUUAUUGAAGACAAGCACCAGCCUAAAGCAAAGCGAGUUGAAAAGAGGUCCAACGCAGGGAACAGCCAACAUUCAGUCUGGAACACAGCCAGCCCAGGCAACUGCCUUCGGAAGAAAUACAUCUGCAGUGAAGAGAGCCAGAACGAAGUGGUGCUUAAACAGCAACAGCCGCAGCAACAGCAACAGCAAGACAUACCUCUCCCCCUCCUGAAGAGAGACUCCCCAGCAUCGCUGACCACAAAUGGGAAAGCGGACUCCCUCAACGUGGCCAGGACCUCUGUGAUCCAAGAGCUCUCUGAGCUGGAGAAGCAGAUUCAGGUUAUCAAGCAGGAACUGCAGUUGGCCAUGAGCAGGAAACUGGAGCUGGAAGAGUUCCAGAGGACAAACAGGACUGCGGAGCCCUAAGUGGCUGGGCUCUGGCCCUCAUGAGCCCUCUCUCCCUAUAACUAUUCAUAAUGCACUUUUUUUCUUUCUCUUCUUUUUGUAAUGCCAGAAAGUGGCACCGGAAUCAACAAGCAAUACGGCUGCUUCCUGCAAAACCAGCAUUUUUUUGCAGAAGGCCCCAGAACCCUUGGUUCCCUCUUCCGGGAGCGUUUCAAAGAGGCGAAGGCUCCGACUCACCCUCCACCUGAAGAAGGGUUGCCCCUCAGGCUGCAGGAAACACUUCCAAGCCUCUGGGGGGGACUCUUCCAAGCAUCCAGAACACACAGCUCCCUGGUUUUCUUCUUGCCACACUCUCAAAUGGAAUCCCCACUUUUUGGCCCUUUCUGUGCAUUUUUUUUAUUUUAUUUUUUG